CUUGGCGUCGUUUCUGAGCAGUCUUCCAAAUCGGUGAUUUUUUUUUCCCUGUUUGGAGAAACGUAACAGACCACUAUGAGGCUGAUCUAUUGCUGCAGUGCUUUGCUGCUGCUCAUCCUUCUUCCUAGAACCUGUCAAGGUGGAAACAUCUUGGUCUUUUCUACUGAAGGCAGCCACUGGAUAAACAUGGAUAUUCUAGUUCAAGCUCUGCACGCCAGAGGACACAAUCUAACUAUUGUGCGUUCGACUAAAAGCUGGUACAUUAAGGAUAACUCCACUUAUUACAGUUCCUAUACAGUUCCAGUAGAGAGGAGCUUAGACAAGGACUCCAUCACAAGAAUCGUAUCUGCGGUCAUAGAUUUUGAACGGGGAGCUCUUCCCUUGACAAGUUUUCUCCAUAUGACUGUCGGCAUGUUCGGCACGUUUGUUGAAGCUCAUGAAGCUGUGGGUGAAUUUGCAUCAGCGGUGCUAGACGACAAAGAGCUGUUGAGAAUGUUGAAGGACACCAAGUUUGAUCUGGUCCUCACUGAUCCCUGCUGGGGAAGUGGACCCAUUUUGGCCAAAUAUUUGAACCUUCCUGUGGUUUAUAAUGUUCGCUGGCUCAUACCUGAAGAGGCUCAUUUUGGCAUUGCCCCUUCACCCAUAUCUUAUAUUCCUAUAACAGGAUCUGGUUUGACUGAUAAGAUGUCCUUUUUUCAGAGAGUUAAAAAUGUGAUGUUAUAUGUAUUUAACCAGGUACAAACUUAUUUGGUCAGAGAAGUAUAUCAGAAAAUAUGUGACAAAUAUCUUGGACCCAAUAAUGACUUUUAUCAGCUAUUGAUUGAUGCAGAGAUUUGGCUGAUGAGAGUGGACUUUGUCUUUGAAUAUCCACGCCCCACAAUGCCUAAUGUUGUGUACAUGGGAGGGUUCCAGUGUAAACCUGCAAAACCUCUGCCUCAACACUUGGAGGACUUUGUGCAGAGUUCUGGAGAGCAUGGGGUCAUCCUCAUGUCUCUGGGGACUUUUGUGAGUGAACUACCU